UAACAGACGCGUGUGUACCAAAAUGUUCGCUUUCGAACGAUUCUUUAUUUAAAAUUGCUUGCUUCCAAACACGAUUCUGUAUCAUCUUCACGUAAUUCAAAUCGAAACUGUUGUUGUUCAGCCUUCGAAACAAUGGUAAGAUUAAUUAAACAGCAGAAGUGAUUUGUAAUGAUUGCAGAUCGAACACCUCCCAGCGAUGACAUCGUACGUUUUAUUGGUCUUGUCUCUCAAUACGCUCUAUUUAACUUGCCGUGUUGCAAGCGUUGCGAGCGCGUCGAAACUUCUGUCCACAGAUGUAAACGUAACGAACAACGAAGACAUUACAGAAACACAACAUGCUACCUGCAAAAUUGCUACCGAUGAAUUGGUUGCGAGUGCAAAAGCCACUGUGACCAGAGUGCUUACCGGAGCUUGCACCGCAAAGGCGAUCGACGAGAGGCUGCGAUCCCUAGAGAAGAACUUGACGCAAGAACUGGAGGAGAUCAAGACGAUGCUUCACAGCCUUUUGGAGAACAAAAGAUCGAAGCUCAAUAACGAUAAUCUAGGAAGUUAUCGAAUCGACCUCGAAGAUAAUCGCAAAAUCGUCUUUCGAUCCCCGAGGCAGGCCGAAAUCGACGCGUUCAACAAUACCGUGCAGAGAGUUUCAUCAACGAAUGAGUCAUCGAGCGUCUUCUUCUACUACUGGCAGAUAAAGAACUUCGACAAGAAGCUAGCAAGCUGGAAAACGGCUCGUUCCGAGCGAAGUCCAACUUUUUACACGGCUCAGAACGGUUACGCCAUGUAUAUGAAAGCGACACCGCGCUAUUUUCCCGAUGGCACCGUCUUCAUGGCCGUCGGACUAACGCGUGGUGCUUAUGACUCCCUCUUGGAGUGGCCGUUUUCCUAUAAAGUGCGCCUCGAGAUUUUAGAUCAUUCUGAGGAACAGCUGCGGCAAGAUCGACGCUCCCGAAUCUGGGAUCCGAGCACGCUCUGCUCCGAUUAUUUUUGGGGCCGUCCAAAAUUAACUGGAGAACCGGACAAUCCAGAGUGCAUCGGAUCGAGCAUCCCCCGCCAAGUUCUGUUCACCAAGCUACCGUUCGCCGAUGGUGGGUCAUCGAGGAACACUAGGUACCUCUGGAACGGUAGCGUUACCAUCAAACUGAUGGUCCACAUUUAAAUAUACUCUCGAAAUAAAUAAUUGCGAUCAGUUUACGAUUAACACCGAUAGUAGCGUCACAUUUUAUUGGGUCUCAACGAAGGUACAUGUGACGCGUCUCUAAAUCGAACGGUCUAUUUUGUGUCGCUUGGACUACGAGCUCUAUACGUUUGUACACAACUGUUUGGAGCCGGUGCGGUGGAGAGAUCAGUAAAAUUUAACCAUUUCUACCGGGGACAACGGAAGCUUCUAAUUCUUUUCUUGCUUCGACGAAUAAUUUUCUCACUUCAUAAAUUAUGCAUAUAUUAUAGAAUUGUAUUUACGUGAAUUGCUGUUACGUUUUCAUAGGUAUAAUUGAACAAUCACCCGGUCGAAUGGUCAACAAAGUCCUUCUUUGUUUGCUACCCGAUAGAAGUGUCCGCUGGACUCCGGUUCAUCUGAAUUGGUCCACGAAACUCUACGCAUCUGCUCAACGCAGCUUGUCAAUAAAUAAAUGAAGAUGAGGGAACGAGUAA